AUGCUGGGAUCAUCACGAUCCCUUUCAAGGGCGUUAGAAACUGUUUUCACUGAAGAUAAAGAUAUACUGGAUAUUAUAACACAAUAUAUAGAAAAACAUAAUGAAUUUACUAUUGUUCAAAAUCAAACAAUUAUAAAUGAUGAAUUAUAUAAAAUUUAUAAUGAAUACAUAAAGCCAAGUGAAGAUAUUUCAAAAGAAUUUAAAUUCUUGGAUAUUUUGACUUUAAUUUGUUGUGUUUUUAAUAAACAAGAAUUGAAUAUUUGGGUUCAAACAUAUUUAAAACCUGCUGUAGAUAGUGCUGGAUAUGAUUUAAAAUUUGUUGAAAAAUCAAGAGAAUAUAUUAAUAGAGUUACUGUGGAAUUUAUUGAUUCAAAUGAUUUUAAAUUAAAUGAAUUUAGAUUAAAUUAUGCAAAAUCUGUAAUUAGAUUAAUAUUAGAAUCAUAUUUAAAUGAUUCUAAAUUACUUGAAAAUUUAAAUAUUAAAAUUGAAGUUGAUCAGAAAAACACUCAAGUUUAUCAUGAGAGAAUACGAUUCAUCAAAUCAAAUUGUAAAAAUAUAUUGAAAAAGUUUGGUGAUAAACAUACAAAAGAAUUUUGUGAACUUUUAAGUGAUAGUUUAAAAACAAUGGAAUACAGAGGUGAAGCUCUAAUUUUAUUUGGAGAUUUCAUAAGUCAAAAGAAUUUUCCAGAGAUAAUCAAAUUUCCAUUAUUUAAUGAAUUAUUGAAAAUUAUCGCAGAAGAUAUAGAUGAAGUGGUAGUACAUACAGCUUUAACUGAUUUAUCUUUGUUGAUACCACAAGUUGCUAAAGAUUUAGGGAAAUACAUUACAGAUUUAUUUUUAAUAUGUAUCAGAAUCAUUAAUUGGAAUGAACUAAAGCGAAGUAAUAACAAUGAGUCAGCUGAAACAUUACCAAAAUACGGAGUUACUAUCAACUUUAACAUUCAACAUUUUGUAACCUUAUUAUAUGGAUUAUUUUUUUAUAAUAUUUCAGAAUUUGUCCAAUCCCCUAAAGAUUACUUAACUCAAAAUCCAUUACAGGUAUUAUCCAUAUUUUCAUUAUCACCUUUCAUUGAAGAACGUACUAAAUCAGUACUUGAACGACUACUUGAAUCCUUCCUACUACAUCCAAAAAUUUUCAUCAAAGAUAAAGACGAACUAACAAAUCCUACAAGUUGGAUCAAAAAUUGUACAUCUCCGGAAGAUGUCGCUAUUAACUGUUUAAGUUUAAAUCCAAAUAUAAUCAUUAAACCAACGCCACGAAAGAAUUCAAUUUCAACAAUUGAUAAAAUUUCAAGAUCAUCAUCAUUGGCUGGUCCAAUGUAUAUGCAAGCUAAUGGUCCAACAAAACAAAUUUUAGCUAGAAAAUUAUCUAUUAUACCUACCAAUUUAGUAAUUGAAGAUGACAUUAGAUUUAAGGAUAUAAAAUUUAAUAAUAAAUUAGAUAGUGUUCCAUCAAGUCCUGAUUCCACUAAAGCAAAAGAGAUUGAUCCAUUACAUAAUUUAUUAAAUGAUCAUGAAAAAUUAUUUGCAACUAGACAUGAUCAAAUUGAACCACUUGAUGAAAAAAAAUCAGAAUUGAAAAUAACAAGACCAAUAUCAUCACCAACUACAACUAUGGAUUCAUCAAUUGUUUCAAAAGAGUUCUCAACUACUGAUUCUAAUACAAGUGGAAUUAAAUCACAAACUAGUUUAAAUAAUAUGAAUGGAGCUAUAGAUUUUUAUCAACGUGAAUUAUUGUUAUUUAAAAAUGAAUUGGAAUUUUCAAGUUAUAUGAAACAUUUAAAUAAAUUUCAUUAUCUUAGAAUGAAUCAAAGAGAUGUUACUGAAACCACUGGUAAUUAUAAUGAAGAAUUAAGUGCAGUAAUUUCAGAGCUAAGAAAAGAAAAUUUAAAAAACAAAGAAGAAUUUAUUAGACAAAGAGAUAUUUUGAUUGAUAAAAUUGAUGAUUUAAAUAAAGAGAAAGCUGAAUUGACACAAACAUAUUUAAAUUUUAAAAAGCAAACUGAAAUUCAAGUUCAAAAUUAUACAAAAAUGGUUGAAGAAAUUAUUCCCGAUAAAGAUUAUAAAAUCGAAUCAUUAAAAUCUAAAUUGUCAAUUUUGGAAAAUGAAGAACCGAAAAUAGAAACAAAAAUUAUUAAAGAGCAAUUUGAUACAUCAGAUUAUGAAAAGCAAAUAUAUAGUCUUAAAACACAAAUCCAACUAAUAAAUAAUGAACUAAAUAAUUCAAUUCAAGAAAAUAAAACCUGGCAAUUAAAAUAUGAUGAAAUAAUAAAACAAAAUGAAAUAAAUUUAUCAAAAACAAAAUUAUCAAUUAAUGAAAAUUUAUCAUCAUUUACAUCAAAUUAUGAUAAAAAAAACCAAGAGUUAAAAACAAUAUUAAUUAAAUAUGAAAAAUUAAUUGAAGAAAAAAAUAAUAAAAUUUUACAAUUAUCUUCAUCAAAACCAAUUCCUAUACAAAGAUCAAUAAGUGGACUUCGUCAUGAAAGUGUAAGUUCUUUAAAUUCAUCAAUAAGAAAUGAUGAAUAUUCAUAUAACAGAGAACAAAACUCCGGAGGUAUUAAUAUUAAUGAUGAAUUGAUAUAUAAUACAAAUCAUCAAACUCCUGCUCCUAUUCAACAAAUGAUGAGAAAAAAUGAAAAAUCAAUUGGAUUUAAUAGUAACAGCAACAAUAAUAAUAAUAGUAGUAAUACGGACGCUUUGCCAAUAAUGAGAGGUAGAGGUGGAUUACAAAAAAGGACCAAAAAAAUGAUGUAA